AUGCCCGACGUCAAGAUCGGCGACAUGGGCCUGUCGAAAAGGAAGCUGGAAUCGUUCGUCAGUGGCAACAUGAGAGGCACCCUCCCCUGGAUGGCCCCUGAGCUGCUGCCUACGCUUGACGGGGCUCCCUCUGGCAAGGUGAACGAGAAAAUCGACGUCUACUCCUUUGGAGUCUGCCUGUGGGAGAUAUGGACGAACGGAUCAGAGCCGUAUCCAAACCUGGAGUCCUCUCAGCUGAUGUAUGGGCUAAUGUCGAACACCCUGCAUCUGGACAUGAGCUGUCAGCCUGAUCCAGAUUGGGUGGAUCUCAUCAAUUGGUGCAUGGCCCGGGAUCCUGCAGAGCGACCUAGUUUCACAGACAUCGCAUGGAAGCUGGAGGACAUGCUGCAGAAAUGGAGUCAGCCAGAGGAGCGGUGCGAGCCUUGCAUUGUGUCAGCAGCAACGUGGGCCUCGUCGAAUUGGGACAACGAUCUCCCAAUGGUGUAG